GAACGUGCUCAGAUAGAAAAGGAGUAUGCAAACAAAAUUGAAGCACUUGCAAAAAAAUACUCUACAAAAAAAGAAAAAAAGGCGGUUUCCAUGUCUGUUGGUGACGUUGCUAACACUUUAUCGGAAAAAGACUUCAAUGAUGCUAAAUCAGAUCCUGGUACUUUUUUGAAUGCAUGGACAGCUAUUCUUGAAGGAACAGAAAAUAUUGCAAAAGAAAGAUUCAAGUUUUCAGAAUCGUUAUCAACGAUUAUUAUGGAUCGAGUUAAGGCAGUAGCUGUAAAAAAAGAAGAAACUCGAAAGAAGGCCAAAGAACACUAUUAUGAAUGUUGUGUAGAAGUACAAUCUUCAAAACAAAAACAAGAACGAGCACCAGAUGAAAGAGUGUUGGAUAAGGUACUUUUUAU